AUGAUUGGCGAAUGGAGGUCUGGCCUUUUUGGCCUUGCUUACUUUCUCCUUCUAUCGCCGUCAACGGCCUUUUACAUCCCUGGCUGGUCGAUCAAGAGCUAUAGAGAUGGCGAGCUGGUGCCUCUCAUGGUCAACAAGGCCUACUCAGACAACACACAGCUGCAGUUUGCGUACACCGAUUUGCCAUUUACUUGUUCCCCGACUGGAGAGCACAAAACCGGAGGCGGCUUACUGAGCGGACAAAGCGUUCCCUUGAACUUGGGAGAAGUGCUACGCGGUGAUCGUAUUAUUACAUCUGAUAUGGAACUCGCCAUGACCAAAAAUACGCCAUGCACGUUGCUUUGCAAUAAAGAGGUGUCCCGCCGUGACCUACGCUGGUCGAAAGAGUUGAUUCGAGAUGGAUACGUAGCAGAGUGGAUCGUGGAUAAUCUUCCUGGCGCUACCAGCUUUGUUACGGCCGACAAGAAGCGCAAGUAUUACGCUUCCGGUUUCAAGUUGGGCUAUACUGAGGCCUCUUCAAAGACGGGCAGGCUUCGCUAUUACCUGAACAACCACCAUACCAUCGUCAUCCGGUAUCGCAGGGCACCGGGCCGAGCUGGUGAUCGUGACGAGAAGAUUAUCGUGGGCUUUGAAGUGUACCCCAAGAGUAUUGGAAAUGGGAACAAAAAGGACAGUUCAGGAUGCCCCGUGGAUAUACAAAACGUGGGCCAGCCCCUUGAGCUCUACAUUGCUCCAAACAAGACGUCAGGCAUAGAGCUGAAGUAUGAUGGUCUGUCAUAUCAUCCCGACGAAAUAGAGGAUGAUGAUAACAGCCCUGGUUCCCUGAGUAUUCCAUAUACCUACUCAGUCCAUUUCCGCGAAGAUGACAGCAUCGAGUGGGCUCAUCGCUGGGACCUCUAUUUCGUGAACCAAGAAGGCGGCUCACGUAUCCACUGGGUGGCCAUCAUCAACUCUCUUAUCAUCUGUGGGCUACUGACAGGAGUCGUCAUGAUUAUCCUCGCUAGGACUAUUCAUAGCGAUAUCAAUAAGGGUAAUUUUGCAGAAGAAGGGAAGCAUAGGAUCAAGAGAGCAAAAGCCAAGGGCGACCGGCAAACCACGGGCUUAUUGAGCCAGGGAGCAGACGCCGACGACAAUGAUGAAGAUGAAAUGUCCGAUGACGGCGAGGCUUUGGAAGAGGCUACAGGCUGGAAGUUGCUCCAUGGAGAUGUGUUCCGGAAGCCAGAAGCCGGCAUUUUACUGGCUCCCCUCGUUGGGUCUGGGAUGCAGCUGUUUUUCAUGGCCAUGGGGCUUGUUGCGCUUGGUGCAUUGGGAGUCCUGAAUCCCAGCUUCAGGGGCGGUUUCAUAAGCGUUGGCGUGGGCCUCUUUAUUUUUGCAGGACUCUUCUCCGGCUACUUUUCUGCGCGCGUCUUCAAGAGUUUCGACGGAACCGACUUUCGUGCAAACGCCAUCGUCACGGCACUGCUUUUUCCCGGCCUUAUAUUUGGGCUCAUAUUCAUCCUCAAUCUCUUUGUAUGGGCCCAAGCGUCAAGUACGGCCAUCCCCUUUGGAACGCUCGUUGCUAUUCUCUUUCUCUGGCUCUGCAUACAGGUUCCGCUUGUUUAUGUUGGGUCUUACUACGGCUUCCACAAGGCGGGUGCCUGGGAACAUCCUACCAAAACGACGACGGUUCCUCGACAAGUCCCUCGCCAAGCUUGGUAUAGUAAAUCUAUUCAAGCAGCCCUGCUGGCGGGUUUGAUUCCAUUUGCCGUCAUCUUUAUCGAAUUAUUAUUCGUAUUCCAGUCUCUGUGGCAUGACAAGAGUGGCUACUACUAUGUCUUUGGCUUCUUGGCGGUCGUAUCUGCCAUUUUGGUCGUUACUAUUGCCGAAGUGACCAUUGUAUCCAUCUACGCUCAGCUGUGCGCGGAGAAUUACCACUGGUGGUGGCAGUCAUUCUUUAUCGGGGGCGGAAGCGCAUUUUGGGUCUUUCUAUACUCAUUAUGGUAUUAUUUCUUCAAGCUUCACAUUAGCGGCUUUGUGAGUAGCAUGCUAUUUUUUGCUUAUAGCUUCAUGGCAUGCUGCGUAUAUGGACUAUUGACCGGCACUAUUGGAUUCUUGAGCGCUUAUGCUUUUGUGCGCAGGAUAUAUAGUGCGAUCAAGAUUGACUGAUUAUGCUUCAGUAAAUAAGCAUGGACCUCUUUUUCUUUCAUUAGCGCAAUUG